AUGGACCAUGACCCUUCUAGCGUGUCAGAAGAGAGCCCCACGCCAGCAUCUUAUAAUGACAGGGUGGAGCCCUUACAGACUGGUGAUUCAGUGCACGAUAUUAGGGGGGUCGAAGCCCUAGCAGAACAGGUAGUGGACAUCGGUCAUAGAACAGGCAGUUCCCCUGUCGGAAGCGACAAACGAUCACGAGCGCGGCGACAUAGUAUGAUGGAUCAAGUUGAUGGUGAAGCUCCUCAAUCCGACCAUACAUAUCCCGCCGGUACCGGUGGUGGCACUGUCAAUGCGUUCGAGCUCAAUGGAGCAGGUCAGGAGAGCUACACCCUCAUUGACAUUCCGCCAAACCUCGCUAGGAUUCGGCAGAUCAUGUUCGGAUGCAAGGAGCCCAUCGAGAUCAGCUUGCAGGAGUUUGAAACGUACUGGCCAUUUAUUGAUAACGUCUGGGUAAAACAGAGGUCCAAUUCUAGCAAAGAAGGGCAUAAGAUCUCUGAAUACUAUCAAUGCCGGCUAAAGAGACCGACCCAUCGGAGCUCAGAGACGCGGCCUUUGCCAGAGGGUAAGCGUCCACGAAAGAAAAAGGUUCGUGAAGGCGGACUUUGCAACUUUCAAAUCAAGGUCAUCAGAUUCGAAGGCGCGUAUUCCACGGUCACCAUAGCCAGAACUCCGGGAAGCAAUCGCGAACACGCGCAUGAUCUCGAUUACAUUGACAAGGUUAAGCGAAACUCGGGACUGAUGGAGCUUGUCAGGAGGGAGGCGAGCAAGGGAUACUUGCCUUCUUCCAUCUAUAUGAAAUUUCGUGAGGAGUCCGAGAAGCUCAUUGAAGCCGGUGGGACGUAUUUCUCUGUGACUGAUGUCAGGAACGUGUCCGCAAAGUGGAGGCUACAGAACCCGGAGGUGAACCUUGUACCCCAUGAAGGUUAUGAGUAUCACAAGGGUCAUGGCAUUGUAAGGGUUCGCGAUACAGCAGACACCGGCACACCAGCUGAUCUAACAGCCCCGCGCGCAAGUAUAUUCCGGCCGUGUCCGUUACCUCCUGAUACUCUUCCGUUUCCUCAGUUUUCGCUCGACUUCCUAGACCCCUAUCUUCCGAGGAAUGACGAAAAGCGGGAAUUCCCCCAUGUUACCCUGUCAUACGCCUCGUCAAUGGACUCAAAGAUCUCUCUUCUAGCCGGAAUGCAAACGGUGCUUUCUGGCGAAGAGGCCAAAUUAAUGACACAUUAUCUUCGCUCACGCCAUGAUGCAAUCUUGAUUGGAGUCGGAACUGCACUUGCAGACAAUCCAGGGCUGAACUGUAGGCUGGAAGGCGCGGGAGGUUUUGGUGGCCUUGGGCGGAUGUGGCAGCCAAGACCAGUCAUUAUUGACCCCAUGGCGCGAUGGUCGCCCCAUGGUGACUGUCGCAUGUUGAGGACCACAGUCGAGGGGAAGGGUAGGGCCCCUUGGGUUAUCGUGUCUCCCGGGGCUCAACUACACCCUCAGAAACUGAUGACGCUGAAGGGUUACGGGGGCGAUUUCCUUCGUAUCAUGGAGUACCAGCCGCGGCUGCGCUGGGAACAUAUUCUACGGGCUCUGGCCUCUGAGGGCAUCAAAAGUGUGAUGAUUGAAGGUGGAGGGAGGGUUUUAAGUGAGCUUCUGAACCCCGAAUACAGUGAGCUCAUUGAUUCAAUCAUCACGACCAUAGCUCCGACGUUCUUGGGGGCUGGCGGAGUCGGGGUGAGCCCAAAUUCAAAAUGUGAUGCACAGGGUAAGCCCAUUGCCGCACUCAACCCGAGAAACGUGAAAUGGGUGCCCUUGGGACAGAAUGUCAUAAUGUGUGGACAUAUCAGAGCUACUCCGUCUGUACCUGCCACCGCAUCGAUAGCGGUCAGCUGA